UGAGCCGGAAUUGAGCAUGAUCAUACAUGUGCUGCCAUAUACUGAUGCUAAAGUGAUGCGCGAGUUGAAACAAAAAUGUAUUUAGAUGUAACGAUUACCCUGGUAGCUAAAGCUAAGCAGCUCGGGUGAAAUGGGCGUUCACUGAUUUUGCUCAUUUGGGGGCCCUUGCCACACACUAUGUGGUCAUUUCGGGUUUGAGAUAAAUGAAUAAAUGCACGCCGUUUAAAUUUCAUUUGUCAGGGUGUCAGAAUAGAUGGAGCAACGAUGCGGAAUGAUGGCGUGUGCAUUGGAGCUGGCUCAGGACAAUCACACCAUUGGGACUCUUGACUUGAUGAGUCCCAGUGACAUUGGAUCACUGCGCAUGCUGCUGCCAACGGGUGGGCAAUAAUGUUAUAUUAACAGUGAAGCAAAAUCCCAUCCUGACCUCAUCUGAAACAACAUUGGCUGGUAUGUCAAGUCAGGUUUUGAGCCACAAUCAAAGCGCGAUGCCCGUACGGAGACGACCGUGGAGCGUGCGGCUGACCAACAACAAUUGAAAGCGCCAUCUCGUGUGUAGAGGAUGUGCUGCUGAGUCUUGUUUCUCCUUCAUCCAACUCCCCACAUUAUCAACACUGACUGUGUGCUGCUGCACUAAGGGAAUUUCGGUGCCCCGAAAUGAUGCUUCAAUGUGACGUCCUUGUCCAGAUUAUGCAACGGGGGUGAUGCUCUCUCCAAAAAGCAAAACAGCUGACUGUUAGUCUGCUGCAUAUUAUGGAUGCAAAGUUAAAAGAAGACCUGUUCCGGAGAUAUGUGGGGGCACUGGAGCGUCGCCUUCAAGAUGGAGGGGAAAAAUAUGGGAUGGCAAACUCGCACGAGGGGGACAAUGGGAGGCACAGGGACAGCGAGGCCCUACUUUCUACAGCCACAGCGCUACUUGGGGCAUACCAGCCAGAUCCAGGACAGCGUUUCCGCAUGGUGCGCUUUUAUGAAGUGGUUGAAGGUUCGCUCCGCUGCCAAAGAGGAGGCAACCUCAGGAGCCUGGAGAGAGCGUUCCACACCCUGGAAACCAUAUGCACCAAUCUCUUACUCUUCCCCUGGAAGAAAGAGUUUAGAUGUAUAAAGGCUUUCACUGGCCCGUAUGUGUACCAUCUUAAGUCUGCCAUUUCUGAGGCCGAGCUUCGAUCGCUAAUGCGCACAAUCGGCUACACGUGCGACCACGACUCUCAGUUUUAUUUCCAGGAGCAUCCAGGGGGCUCGGGUCAUCUCCGCCAGUUGGCUUUCGAGCUCUUCCUGGCCCAGGCCGAGUGUCGUCUUCUGGGAGAGGUAGUGGCUCUGGCCCGCGGUUCGGCUUCCGAGUCGGAGGCUCUGGAACUCCGCAGGGGCUGCAGAGAUGACGCGGCCGGUUGCGCCGAGGCGCUCCGCAGACGCGACAGCCUCGGGGCGGAUAUGGCUCGUCUGUCUGUGCAGCCGCUGGAUAUCGAGAGGCCCCACGCUCACCACCUGAGGCGAGGUAGCCGACCGUCCAAGUCUGUGGAUGUGACAGAUGGGGCGGGUCACUGGCACACGGCGGCUAGCAAACCCAUCCUGAAAGCCUCAUUGAGUUUGAGGAAGGAGCCUCUAUUUGUGGAUGCCGAGGAGGAUAUGAAGGAUGAGAUCAUCAGGCCCAGCACCUCCGCAUCUCUUUUCUCUGUGGCAGCACCCCCCUCGUAUAGCCCCGUUGCCGAUUUCUUCCCCACACAGUCGCCUCCUCCAGCUGACGCUUACACAUCCUACCACCUUUCGUCUUUGGACGAGAUCGACUUGUACACGGAGAGGGGCGGGGGCGGCACUGGUGGAAGGCAAACGCCCUCGCGGCCACCGUCCAGAGAGCCCCGAGAUGCCCGAGACGGGUGGCUGCUGAAAUCCCACGGUAGCGUGAAGUGUCAGGGCUGCGGGCUGGGCUGCUCCACAAUGGGGUCCUGCCAGAGGUGCGACGUGGUCCUGUGCUCCUCCUGUCACGAUGUCGAGCCCUCCCCGUGCUGUACCCUGCAGGACUACCACCCGAAAUCCACACGGCCGAUCGACGGGUACGUUCCCGUCAAGGAGAAGCUUUCCGUCUACUCGAACACGCACUCCCACUCGCAUCUGCACCCGCACCCCCUCACCCUGACCCAUUCGCACACCCACUCCCACCCUCACCCGCACAUGGCGGACAAACCGUUGUUGUCCACCAAGCUGUUCCCAAGCAAGUCGGUUGCCUUGACUACGCCGAAGGGAAGCAGCAGCGAGCGCAUAAGCACGGGCGGAUCGCGAUGCGGCUUCUGCAACAAGCCGGGCGCGUCUCACACCUGCGUGAACUGCUCCAAGGUGUCGUGCGACUCGUGCAUGGGCUUGUACGGCAAGGAUAUGUGCACGCGGAAGAAUCCCCAGCACAUGUUUGUGCCCAAUCAUCAGCUCAACUUCAAAUCUGGCACCAUAUCGCACAUGGUGUACCGAUGAUCCAGGUAGACUGAGGGUUUGGUACUCGGCUUUCAGUCCCCUCCUUUAAACGACAGCGUCGCCGUGCACUGUUGCUUAAGCCCUGCUGCCCUUUUUCACAAGUCACUCACAAACUGACAAGUCCUUUUGAACUCCAUAUAGUAAAUAGUACAUUUUCUCACACUGUUGGUAGGGCCACAUUGUCUGCUUUAAGUUAUGGCCUUUUAUCUAAUGUACGACUGCUACAUUUUGCCUUGCUACCUGCUCUUGACUAGUCAUGUGAUAUUGUAGUGCUUUCCCAGUUCUUCCACCUUUUGUCCUCUAAAAGGGAGCCGGGAGUUAUAAAGUUGAAUUACUUCUCAUUGAAACUCAUGUCCAGAAUGAUAUCUACUUGUAAGCUUAAAAAAAAAAAAAAAAUCUAAUAUUAUAGAUAUAUACAUAAAAUAUAUCAUGUGCGUGUGUGUGCCUGCA